AUGGCCACGAACUGGGCUGCCGAGUUCAAUGGCGACGAGGAUGAGGACGAGGCUCUGAAGCGAGCUAUUGCCAUGUCACUUGGCGAAGACGUUGCAGGAGAUACCACGUCUUCAGAUCGCGAUGAGAGUGACCACUUCGAGACCCAGGCGCAGGAAUCACUACCGAACGCCAAAUAUGAUGCGAAAGAAAAGUCCCAAGUCUCCACACAAAUGACCACCCCAGAGUCAUCCCAAGCAACUCAAAAUGCGUUCUCGUCGCUUGGCUUGGACAGGAAGAAAAUGGAAGAGGAACGUCUAGCGCGUUUGCAGAAGAGAAAGGCAACCGAGGCAGGCAUUACAGAGAAUCAGCUACCGUCACAACGUGUGAAGAUGUCCAGUGAAUCUUCAACAGCGCCUACGAUCUCCCGAAAUCCGAGGGCGCCAGUGACCAGAUUUCCAGCUGCUGCACCAGAAAAGAAGGAUUUGGAAUCAUCAAGUGCCGCCUCAUCAACGCAUUCUAGAGGGCUGAAGUUCCCUCGAGGUGUCGUCAAGAAGACUUGGGCGCUCGGUCAACCCAGACAAGAUGAUGACAUCAAGAUCGAGGAAGUAUUGCAGAAAGAUGACUUGGAACUUGCUGUUCUGAGUUCUUACCAAUGGGACGAGGACUGGCUCAUGUCGAAGUUGAAUUUUCGCAAGACCAAGGUUGUUUUGAUUGCUUUCGCCGCUGAUGAGGCCACCAGGGAAGCCAUGCGUUCUAAUGUGCCAGCGAAUGUCAUCCGCUUUUGCUUUCCACCUAUGGAAGGCGCAGAUCGCAUGCAUUCGAAGCUGCAGCUUUUAAAAUAUCCCAACUACUUGCGGAUUGUCGUACCCACGGGGAACUUUAUGCCCUACGAUUGGGGCGAGACCGGAGCCAUGGAAAAUAUGGCUUUCAUCAUUGACCUCCCACGCAUUGAAGAUGAGGUUGAGCGUGUAGCCAAUGAGCUCACAGCUUUUGGUAAUGAGCUGUGUUACUUUCUCAAGGCUCAAGGGCUCGAGGAACAGAUGAUCAGAAGCCUGCGAAACUACGACUUCUCUGAAACAGCUCGCUACGGUGGAGGAUCCCAUUUGAACGACUGGCAACGGACUGGAUAUUGUGGUCUAGGCCGUACAAUCUCUUCACUUGGUCUCGCCACCGGCAACCAGAAUGAGAUUGAUUAUGUGGUAUGA